AUGUUCGAGAGAUUCGAGCAGUAUAGCGCGAUUUUCAGGAAUUUCCAUCUACAGCGCAUGGGGAAGAAGCCUGUUCCGCUGGCCUUAAAGGGCAAGCUCGCGUUGUUAAGUGCGCUGGAAGGCAGACCUGCCGACGAAACAACCAAGAGACGCCGCCACCAAGUGAAUCUUCAGGCUCUCGACGUGAACGUGGUUUCUCAAAUUUUCGCGUUUGCGCAGUGCUCCUUUGUGCUGCUGUUGCCUUUUCGAGUCAAGAUCCGCGAAAUGAUCCCCGCUCGCAUUUCAUUCUAUUCUGCGUUUGGCUCUCGACAGGGUAAGAUGCUGAAGAAGAAACUGCUGAAUCCGUUCGAUCUGCACGGACCAAAUGGCGGCAUCUAUCGCUGUUCCGUCGAGUCGACCAUGCAUGAGUCAGUGAUUCGCCUGGUGAACAUGGCGACGGGCGACAAAUGGUCCGUACUGUACAGCACUGUACUUUACUGUAAGCUCCUGUUGAAGACUGGGAUAUUUGUCUCGGUGGGUCUCACGCUUUUGCUACGUAGGAAGUGCGAGGUCACUUCGGUAAACAUCGAUUUGUUUCGGUCGAAGCAAGGUACAGAUCUUCAGCUCGGUGGUCUUCGCCGAGUCGUGGUUGCCAUUCUGGAGGAGGUGCUAGGGGGGAACCUGGGCCCACUCACGAGCAGCUUCGCCCCGACGCAAGACUGGUGCGCGGUCUCUUUGAAGCAGAAGUUCUCGGCGUACUUCAUGAAGCUGAAGCUCGAGUGUCAAAUCGGGGGCAAGCGUGGGAGCUGGUCGUUCCCUAUGAAUCCGGAGGACCCUGGAGCAAUUCAGACACGCAAAUCGCCCGCCGCCACGGCAACUUCCAACACGGUGGAAGGUUGA